GUAUUGUAUCCAUAUAUUUAUGAUAAAUAAAAAUGUGAAAUUUAAGGGAAUUUGUCAUACAAGCUAUGCACUAUUUAAGCAUGAUCUCGGAUGGAUAUUGACAGUAAAGUGUGUGCCGCGGCUGGUAAGUCUUAUUGCGUCAUCAGUUUGCGCCGGGUAAAUAAACACUACCGAGUACAAUAAGAUAAUGAAGCUCAACAAUGUCGAUUUUUUUUGUGAGAUUAGUUGGAUGUAUGCACAUACAUAGUAAGCCGCUACUUUAUUGACGCGUGGCCAUUGCAUAACUAUUUUAACUUGGUAGUUUAGGCACUCGUGUGACUGAGUUAGCAAGCUAGUAAUGGCAUGGACAGUGAGUACUAGGGCUGUAUUAAGGUUUAAGAUUCAGAUGACUAGGAAUAAAAUAAGGACUUAAUUCACUGGAGGAAUAAUGUUUUAUUGAAUGUAUUUAGCUCCUGCCGCAACGUUAUACAUCUCUGAGAAAUAUAAACAUUAGCUUAUUCAUCCUGCUUUGGCUGGUAAAGUAAGCAAUUGUAUAUAGUGUUUACUAUUUAUCUUUACAUUGCUUUUGAAAAAAGUACCUUGGAUAAAGACAUAUCUCCAUCACUAUAGAAAUCUAAAACGAUUAAAAUUAAAAUAUUAACACAACUACGUCUACUUAUUUCAAUCGAAAGUAAGAUCAAGAAAGAAUAUAUUGAAAUAACGUCGUUUAUAAAAUACCUUAAAUGUGAAUGUAAAAAUAUUGCUGCUGGCAAGCAGUAAACGUAAAAAACGCCACAUUUUAUUAAUAAAGCGUCGCCCCCUGUAUUUUCCUAUCACUUCUCCCCAUAGCUUUACAAACCCGAGCCGAAAUUUCCAUUAAAAGAGAAUGAAUAAUCAUAUCGAAAGAGAAGACUGAAAACCAGUUUGAUAAUGGAAGAGGAAGAGGAUGUCGAGGAGCUGGGGGAACGGCUCUAUAAAUUGAUUUAUCCCGGAUAUUCGAACAUGGCAGGAAAACUUACGGGAAUGUUACUGGAGCUGCCCAGCUCUGUGCUGGCACAGAUGCUGCAGGAUGAGACCAUGUUGGCCACGGCUGUGGAGAAAGCGCUCAGUGCCCUGCAGCCUUCCAAGCACACCGGUAAGAUGGAAGCUGAAGGAGAGGAUGCAGUGUCAGCAUCCUCAGACUCUCUGGGCGAGCAGCUCUAUGAGCUCGUGGACACCCACAACACCGGCUUCACAGAGAAAAUCACAGGCAUGUUACUGGAACAGAGGAAAAAGGACGUGCAGAAACUCCUGUCAGACCCCGGUCUUCUGGAAGAGGGGAUUAAAGUCGCACUAAAGACACUGGAAGAACAGAACUCUACGGAAACUGAUGUGAGCGACUGCUCAGAUCCUGAUGACAUAGACAGGAUGGGAGAGAAGCUCUUUGCGAUUGUGCAACAGAUCGACGCUAAAAACUGUGCUGACAUUACAGGAAUGCUUCUGGAAAUGGAGCCUAAGACUCUCGGGCAGCUUUUCUGUGACCGAUCCAUGCUGGAGGCAGCUGUUAAGAGAGCCCAGGCAGCCAUAGUCAGAGCAGCUCACACAGCCAUGUAGGUGAUGCAGCCUCUACCCAGAGAGCAGCCGUCCGCUAUGUGUUAAAUUUUGGCUAAACCUUAAAUAGCUUUUUGGCGCGAGUCUUAAGUAUCAAAUGUUGCUGUUAAAAAUUGCAAAAAACCACAACAAUCCUCAACAGCAGGGGUCUCAUCUCAAACUCCAGUCCUGGAGGGCCGGAGCCCUGUGUAGCUUAGCUCUUUCCCUGUUCCACCACAAAUGAUUCAGCACAAGAGCUGUGUGGUAAUUAGCACACGGAGUUGAAUCAGGUAUGUUAAAGGAGGGUAAACCAAAAACUAUGCAGGGCUCCGGCCCCCCAGGACUGGAGUUUGACACCCCUGCUCAACAGUUACUAAUUUGCAUUUUUGAUUUUUCAUUAUGCUGAUUUUUGUUGCAUUGAUUCAUUUAUGAGAAAUAAAGUUUUGAGUUUAAUUUGAAUAUUGCUGCUUGAUUUUUUUUUUGUAAUCUUGGUUUCAGCAGAUUUCUAAAUUCUUUAAUACUGACAUGAUUUUAACAUUUUUUUUAAAAGAGCUGCAAUAAAGCAGAAAGCCUGAGUGGAAAACAAUAGUCAUUCCUAGAGUGCAGUAUAUUGCCUGUGAGGGAUUUCAGCACACAUUCAUUCCCUGAAAGGAAUUUAAUGAGGUUACAGUCUGUGUUCAUUCUGUUGCUGCACUGGAUGUCUGGGUCUGGAUCUGUAUGAUUUUCAUGUAUCAAAUCCCUUUGAAUGUACAGUAGUUCACAAAAGCAUAUUUAAUGUGCAACGCAUCUCCUAAAUUCCUAAAUUAACCUGAUUUUUGUUGUAGCAUGAUGUUUGUUGCACUGGGUCUAUGUAAAACAUGUUGUAUGAGGUGUUUCUUUGUCAUUUAUUGAUUUAUUGUGUUCAUUUGUUAAUAUGUAAAAUAAAUUGUUUUAAAUUAUG